AUGUAUUUCAGUUCAUUCUGUGGCCUACUCGCUGUCUUUCUCAUAGAUGGUGCAAAUGGGAACGCUGGCAGCAAUCUUGCAGGGUCUGUCGCCGAAAGCGGCAGUGGUGGCAACGGCAGCACACUCCGCAGCGCUGCCGCUGCCGUUGAGAGGUCGCGCGCUUCUGACUUAGUGUCCCUGGCUUCGGGUUUGCUGGCGAGAUGGCCGGUGGCCGCGGCGCUGUUGACGGGGGACAUUACGGAAGCCAAGGACGUGUAUGGCAGUGGCCGCCAAGACGAGCGGGAAUGGCGGAUGUACCGUGACGCUCGGACCGCACUGUCAUCGAUUGGCCGUGUCCCGUACAACCAGAUAUACGACAUCCGCGGCAAUCACGACACGUUCAAUUCUGGUCCCAGGUGCGGUGCGGAGGAUUGGUACUGCACCUACAGCGCACGGGCUGAGAGGUUUGGGCAAGGAGGCGCGAAUGGCACUUCGGGCACGGCGGACCGAGGACCUCAGGCACGCAUCUUCAUUGAUGCGGUAUACGGCAGUACGGACGGCGGUAAUGGUGUUGGGGGCGGCUCUGCUUGCCCGGUGGCGAUGGUGGUGGGCGUGGACGCCUCCCUUGACCCGGGAAUGCGGAGUCCCACCAAUUUCCUGGGUGUAAUAACACAAUCCGUACUGGACGAACUGGACGAGCAACUUGCCGCCUCAAUCGCUGGCAUGCGUGGCGCCAACUGCAACCCGCCGUACAUCGCAUACGGUCACUACCCUCUUUCCACCAUCGCCUACCCGGGGCGCCGCAUUGCCGGCGGCGCGGCGGAAAGGGCCGCGUCCGUUCACCAGAUCCUUGUACGGCACGGCGUUAGCGCAUACCUGGCAGGCCAUCUCCAUGGCGCGUUUGGCCGCAAACUUCACAGGUUGCAUGCGGGGCCUAUCGCUGGCACCGGAGCUGCUGACGACAAUCCCAGGGGUCACAUGUUGGAGUUGGAGAUGGUGGACUGGAAGUACGCGCGCACGGUGCGGCUGUUGACGGUGGACCCGGGUCCCGGCGGCGCUGUCGGCUUUGCCGAUUUCCAGUUCAUUCCGCCACGGGUGGGCAACGUGGUGGCAGGCAAUCAUCUUGCCGACGCCCGCUACAGCCCUCAGCUCGCGGCAGUGUACACGUCUGCCGGCGGCUGUAGCAUCGGCGGGUCUGCAGACAACGGGGACUUUGGUGGCGGCAAGGCGGCUGUAACGGCCGUUGUCCGGGUGAUGCUUCUGCCAAUGAGCCCUGCCGUACCUGCAGUACCAAGCGGUACAGUGUAUCUGCAGUGGUCUUGCGAUGCUGUCGGCGCCAACGAGGUCGGCUGGGGAGUGGACUUUGGUGAUGCUGGUGGGGGAAGCAGUCGCCCAGGUGGCACAGGUGCACAUGAUCCGCGGCAACAGCACCAGCAGCAGCCCCAGGGCGACGAGUCUUCGAGUCCUGCUGUGACUUCCAGCGGGGCCCAUGGCAACAGCAGCAACUGGAGAAAUAGGGACAGACGCCUCCAACAGGGCGCCUACCAGAUGCGGUUGGAGUCCGCGACAGCAAACUACAGCAUCUUCACGGUGGACCUGCUUGGCGCAGAGGGCGGGGAGUUUCCAGGCGCAGAGAGUUCGUUUGGCAGCAGCAGUAGCGACAGCGUGUACAGCUGCCCCUCGGGUUACAUCGUUGUGCAGGCAGUUGUGGGCGUUGGGCGGAGAAACAGCAGUAACGAUGAUGCUUCUGUGGAAUCAGCCUCCGCCAAGAGGCUGCUGCACUGGCAACUCCCACCGUCACAGCCGACGCCAAGCUUGCGGCCAUCGUCGCCCCGCCGCAGCUUGUUCGAGUCCGCUGGCCCCGGCAGGGCCCCGGAAUGGGGCGGCACCAUCGGCAGCGGAGGAGCGGGCCUGUCCCUGACUCUGAUGGGUAUGGGAGCGGUGAAGAGCUUGAGACGGAAUUGGUAG